UCUACGGAUGCUGUUGGAUAUGGAAAGUCUAUCUGCUACCAAACUUUGCCUUUUUUAUUCGACAAGAAGCUGGAUAGAAUUAGUUCUCCUCCUAGUGAGCGUAGUAUUGUGUUAGUUGUGUCUCCCCUAGUGUCUCUAAUGGUAGAUCAAGUGACUAGUCUACAUGAUCGUGGUGUUCCUGCUGGUAUACUCAGUGGAAACAAAGGGGUCGAUAAGAAGUUCCUUGCUAACGAGAAAGAUGUGCUUGAAGGAAAAUGUUGCCUCUUGUAUAGUGCUCCUGAAGCAAUUGUUGGUAGCCAUCGUUGGAAACAACUUUUACUGGUCCCUCCGUUGUGUACAUCGAUGGUGGCUGUGGCAGUGGAUGAGGCCCAUUGUGAGUGCAGACUUUCGACCAUGUUAUGGUCGUAUCAACGAAUUACGUGCCUUCCUUCCUGCUGGACUGCCGAUGUUAUAGCAUCAACUGCCACCGUUACUGACGUUAUGCGACAAGAAGUGAUUGAGAAGCUUGAGAUGGAAGGCUGUAAGAUUGUAACUGUAUCUCCAAACAAGCCGAAUAUUUUUUAUUCCGUUCAAAAACGUUCCGGUGAUAUAGAACACGAUCUUUCUUUCAUAGUUGAUGAUAUAGCGACUCAUUCCAUCAAGGCCAGGCGUGUGAUUGUUUACUGCCGUUCCCUAGAUAUGUGUGCAGAUUUAUACGCUCAUUUUUUGUUCACCCUUGGAGAUAUGGCGUAUUACCCCACUGGUGCUAAGGAAGUAAGUGACAAUAGAACAUUUGGUAUGUAUCAUUCGAAAACAGACGAUCACAAUAAGCAUGUUAUUAUGCAAGGUAUGGCAAAGACUGAUGGAACGAUCCAAGUUGUGUUUGCAACUAUGGCCCUUGGAAUGGGAGUGAACUUUAUAGGCCUUACCAGUACGAUACACUACGGUGCUCCUAGAUGUAUUGAUGACUACUUCCAGGAAAGCGGCCGAGCUGGAAGAGGAGGUGAAUUGUGUACUUCGACUAUCUUCUGGCGUCCAUCUGAUGCCCCUGUGCGGAAAGACCUGAAUAACCCUCGUAAUGCUGAAAUAGUUGCAGUUAGAAGGUAUAUUGAGAACUGUUCAGACUGUCGCCGCUAUCUUUUGCUGAAAUAUUUUGAUUUGACUAUAGCUGCUAAUCUAAAAAGGUGUGACCCUUUGUUGUGUUGUGACAAUUGCGUAAGUGCAUAAGGCUGCUGAGUAAGGCAAAGUGGAAAAGUUAGUCAGAAGAUGAAGUUUCUCUCUAUCCAAAGCCUUAAGAGGAUUGCCUGACAUUUCUGGGAACUUUCUGUAACAUCGUCCUUCUUGAAUCGUGUGUGGUUUAACUUGUUGCAGCACUUCCAUAACACGGUUAACGUCAUUUUCGUCGGACUUUGCGAGUGUGCUGAUAGCUCAGGAUGUAUACCAGUUUCAUGAUCAAACUUCUUCGACAUUUUCUCGAGAGUGGUCACAGAUCGUGCAGCUCGUGUACUUGAUUCAGGUGUAAAGUUUGCUCCCAUGUUACCAACCAUCUCUUUGAACAGCCGAUUGAUGUGUUCAUUGUGCAGAUCGCAUGGGAUGUUACGGCCAGGUCCUCCAUGUGUAUUGACGAACCUACCCCAAGUCAGCUGAUGAACUAGAUCCGGUGGGAGUGAUGCAAGCUGGAACUGCAACACUAAUGCCUCGAGUGAGUACUUUGUUCGUCUUUCAGCGUGGAAAUGAAGCAUGAAAAUCUUCCAACAUCUCAGUAUCCGUGGCCCGUCUCCCUCAUAUAUAUAAUAGUUAUAGACUGAGUCCAAGGUCUCUAUGGGGUUUUGAGACCUGAAGGCCCGAGGCUGUAGCAUCUCGAGCGUAGCGAGGGUGCUACUAAGGGCCUGAGGGUCUCAAAACUCCAUAGUGACCGUUGACGAGGCCUAUAACUGGUUUAGAAUAGUGCUAAGCAAGCUAGGCUAUAUUAACACAAAGAAGACUCUGAAACCAAGAGUUUUCUACAAGCCUCAAGCAACGUUAAAGCUUUGCUCUGGCUAGUCUACAUAAAAAAACUCACAUUGAUGAAGGCAGUUUCUGUUUCUUGAGAAUCACGCAUUGCAAAUAAAAAGUUGCUAUUGUCAUAGUAGUUAGCUCUGCACUAGAGCACUAGCUAUUGUAGCUGCAAGAGAGAGAUAAAAGCUGCAAAGCGGCACUGCAGAACGCAAAACUUUAAAAAAAAUUAAUUUUUAAUGAUGCACUGUAUCAUCGUUACUAUGACUUCAACAUAAACUGUGUGAUGUUGCCAUGUUCCAUACAAGUUAAUCUUGACAUCAUCUUGCCUGUAGGCAUAAUCAGUAUAAUAGACCUACUUAGAAGACCUCAGGUCCAUAAGUGAAAUAAUGGACCUCUCAGUGACCUAUCAGAUUGCAGUAUUACUACAAGUAUUUUCUAAACCAAGCAUCUGUGAACUCUGUUACCAGUGCGGCAUAGUGACACAGAACUCUAGUGUAGUUGUACACACCAUCCUUGCUAUCCUCAAGUGGCUCUCCAAGAAUUGCUUCUGACACUAUAGUGUGCUGUUUCACUAUCUUCCUUGCUAAUUCCGACACAUCUAUACUCUUGCGUUGGCCAUCUUCUUGUGUUGGCAUAUCUACAUCCAAUCCAAGUUCCUUGCGUGCUAUCGUGAUGACAUGAGCCUUAAACACCACGCGAAGAGCAUCGAGACAAGCAUGAAGGUCUUUCUUCGGGAUUCUGGCUUGAGAUAGUCUGCCAAUCUGUGUGAAGAGAUGUGCCAGUGAGCCAGGGUCCUUCGAGUAUGGGGUGUAGAGUCGCUUCCAUAUGAUCUGCAAAAGAAUAAAAGAAUACUCAUAAGGCAGUGCCAGUCCUCUAUACAAGGCUCUAACUGCUCCAAUCGUCCACUGCGAGUGUCCGCAUCUCGCAUAUGUUUUUUGCUACAUCGCUGUCUUUCACAUGUCAUCUGAUCGCCACCUGACAUAACAAACAUCAAGGACUACAACCUCAGAUUUUUUGGCCAUCUCUGUGCUGUGGGGGUGCUUAAUGUGACUGACAACACACCGUUUGUACCGUUGGAGGGGCUUGAUGUACUCGCACAGUAUUCGACCGACUAGAACGACCAAAUUUUCUUGGAUGCCCUCAAUGUCGGUCUUUGUAGGAAGGAAGCAUCGAUAGGACGUUGGUGCAGCUUGCUGAUUUUCGUGACCAACUUCAACACGGCACAGUAACUGAUAGUGACACUAAGAUGAUUCAGCCUGGAGUAUACCUUUGAAGAGUACGAGAGACAGAAACGACUGAAUACCACACAUUCUUGUGUUAUGCUCUUUCAAGAGAAUUGCUGUGGCCAUACACAUCCCAGGGUAGUGACUCUCUCCGCGUUUAUGCAAGUUCCUAUCAUCUGAACGUCCUACGAUCGUCUGGAUAAGCCUAAAUAGAAUCGGAGACUUUCGCUGUAGUUCAGACACAGCCUGUUUCCACGAUAACGCUUCCACAUUGUCAAUUGGAACCCGGUGAAAUAGAGAGACAAACUCCCCAGAGUUACGACAUAGAGUGGAACAUUCGUCGUCAAGAAUUUUCAUCACACCCUCUACCAAUUGGUCCUUCAGUGAAGGGCAAGAAAAUGCUGCCUUGGCAAUAGACUGAAUGUUGCCACUAUUCAGUGCCUGGCGUAAUUUCUGGAGACUUUCAUCUACUUCCGCAGUCACUGUACUGGGUGAGCUCACUGUGAUCUGUAUAUUGUUUAAUUAAUUAGUGUGAUUUUGGUGUGUUUACAGUAUCAGAUCUGUUAUCCUCACCAUAACUGUUUCAGUCGAACCAGGCUUGGAAAUAUCUCUUGCAACACCUUCUGAACCUUUAAGUUAAUGGCUAUAUAUUAAUUUACGUUCAUUUCGUUUGUAGGUGGUUUAACAUACCGUCAACAGGAAGAAAACUGCUCGAGAUUGGUCAAUUCUAACAGCGGUGGCUGACGAGGACAGUCUGUGUGCGCUAUGAAAAAGAGAUGAUUCCUGUAUUCUACAUAUAUGAUUUGUUGCAAUCAACCUACGUUCCUCCCUGGUUGAGAAAGCAAGCCUUCUUCCAGGUGCUCCUACUGUUAGACGUUUUGCUAGAGGUCUAGCAUGGACAGUGUGAGGUGAUGCUUCAAGCCCACUGGUGUCUUUAGUUCUCUUCCUACCUGAUACCAUAGGACUACAGAUGGAAGCCUUAUUUCGACCCUGCUCAAAACCACACUUAGCCAUACUUCUAAAGGCUUUAAGUUUAGACUCCAGAGACUGGAAUUUGUUUGUGCAAGCUCUACAAAUGUAUGAAGAUAGCCCAUCACACUCACUAAUUGGCAGCUCUAGCAGUUUGCCAAGUCUGUCUGGAAGGCAUCUUUGAACAGACUCUUUGCUGAACAGAGCUGAGCAGCGAGUAGAAGUAACAAUGUUGCAGCACAAUCUGCAUAUUCUGGUGGCUGCCAUUGCAUUGUGGGCUUGAACUAGCUGGGCGGAGCCCGGCACCCGUUCCCAACGGGUGGCCGGGUGACACGCUUAUAUAGGAUUUGUACUGCUGCACUGAGGAGUGCAGCCCAAUCAGAUUGCAGUAUUGCAAGUGGUUGGUUAACACCCACUUAGCUAGGUGGGUGUGCAGCUGGGCGGAGCUGCCAUGAGCAAAAUGGAGAAAGUUACACAAGCUGUCACAGAAGCUGCUAAGGAGCUUGGAAGUAGUCACUUCUUUUCUGAGAGGCAGAGAUGUCUUGCUGUAUUGCCUACUGGAUUUGGAAAGAGCCUUUGCUAUGCUUGUUUGCCUGCAGCAUUUGACAAAAUAUUAGAGAAGGAUCUAUUGUAGUAAGUAGUCACUCCUCUGCUGGCCAUCAUUCAUGAUCAGGUAGCCAUCUAUUGUUCUAAAGGCAUCUAGCACAUAUGUCUCGGGCGAGAUGUCUGAUGCAGCUACAAUGGAUGCGAUCUUCCAUGGAAAGUAUCAGCUAGUAUUCUUUACACCUGAAAUGAUCAUCAGCAAGAAGCAUUGGAGAAGACUUCUGGGGGGAGAUGUGUAUGCUAAUAGACUCAAGGCUUUGAUAAUCGAUGAAGUUCAUUGUGUGAAGAAAUGGGGUGAGACUUUCAGGCAAAUGCUGUUGAGAAUUAGAGAAGUGCGCAGCCUCAUUCCAACAUCAGUUCAUGUGAUGGCGCUAACAGCAACAGCUACCCGAAGUGACAUUUCAUUCAUUUCUCGUAUUGUUGGCCUAAGAAACCCAUUUGUCAUUACGAGAGUCCCAGUAAUCCCAAAUUUGAUUUAUGCUGUUGGAUUGUUCAAAAGUAUACCAGAGACAUUCCAAAACUUGGCCCAGAAAUUGGUAAUCGAGAGAAACAAGUUUCCCAAAACAAUCAUAUAUGGACGUUCUUUUGGAGUGUGUGGUGACAUGUACCUCUUCUUUAAGGAUUACCUUGGAGCUGCAUUCACAAAUCCUGAUGAUGCACCUGAUCUUCCUGAAUUUCACCUCGUGGACAUGUUUACAAGUGUCACUGAUCCAGCCCAUAAAUCUGAAAUCAUUCGUUUAUUUAAGGGUGAUGGCAAUCUUCGCAUUGUUGUAGCUACUAUGGCAUUUGGUAUGGGUGUUGAUUGUCCCAACAUUCGGUAAAUCAUUCAUGUUGGCCUGUCAGACGAUAUCAGUAGCUAUGUGCAAGAGACUGGUAGAGCAGGUCGAGAUGGUAAACCAUCACGUGUAACCCUUUUAAAGGCAAGAAUUUACCAUCAAGUUAAUAAUGAGAUUAAAGAAUAUGCUUCAAACUUCAACACUACAGAUUGUAGAAGGGAUAGUCUUUUCCGAAAUAUUGACAAUUACAAACAUGUUGAUCUCGGUUUCAAUUGCUUGUGCUGUGAUAUUUGUUCUAAGUCAUGUUUAUGUGGACAGUGUGACCUAAGACUUAGUUACUUCUUUCAGCUAAUUACAAAUUUUAUUUUCAUUAUUACCUGUGCUUCAAGAAAGCUGCUAUAUCUACCGAAACAUUUCCUGCACAUUUUGGGCAAUCUGUUUUUAUCACUGCCAUUUACAA